AUGGCGGAGGGCACGAGGCGCAGAUUAUCAGUCGUUGUACUCGGGGGCGGGACGGCGACGAACGCGCUGGUGCCGUGUUUCGAAGAGCUGUCCAGCUCAGUGGCGUACAUUAUGCCAAUUUCCGACAACGGGGGGUCGACGUCGGAGAUCCUGCGGGUGAUCGGGGGGCCUGCAAUCGGGGACAUUCGGUCGCGGCUGGUACGGGUGAUCAGUGACGCGUUCCUGAUACAGGUGCUGUCGUACCGGUUGCCGCAGGAAAACAAGCGCGCCAAGGAGGAGUGGAACGAGAUCGUGGAGGGGUCGCACGCCAUCUGGGGCGGGGUUCCGAGCCCGCUGCGGGAAUGCGUGCGGCCAUUCCUGGCGCACAUCCAGUCGGAGCUGCUAAAGCGGGGCAAAAUAUCCAAGCCGUUCCAGUUUGCGAAGGCGUCAGUCGGGAACCUGUUCCUGACGGGGGCGCGGCUCUUUCUGGGCUCGCUGGAUGCUGCGAUCGAGCUGACACUACGCCUGGGGCGGUGCGAUGCGUCGGUUGACGUGAUUCCGUGCAUCAACUCCAACCACAUGUAUCAUAUCUCUGCGCUCUUGGAAAACGAGACGGUGAUCACGGGCCAGUCGCAAAUUUCGCACCCUUCGCAGCCGAUCCACGAUCAGUUUGCAGGGACCAUGAGCAGGGCGGGCGACGAAAGCAGCUCUCCUUCGUACACCUCCGUGCAGGGGCUCAACACGCCCUCGCAGGCGGACGACGACGAGGAAGAGGAAGAUGCGGCACCGUUUUACAUCCAUCCAGAUUUGAGGACAUCACAGCUCUACUUUGAGAAGAUGAUCGAUGAAGAGCCCCUCCCGGCGCCUGUUAAGCGGGUGUUCUACAUUAAUCCGUAUGGAGAGGAAAUUUUCCCUGUCGCGAACUCUCGGUCUAUCCACCAGCUGAAGCGAUGCGAUAUGCUUGUGUAUUCCAUCGGGUCCUUAAUUACCAGCCUAUUGCCCAUGGUGAUCCUCGGUAACGUGGCGGAGGUGGUCGUCGAAGGGAAGAUGAAAAAAGUGCUACUGGUCAACAACAAAUACGAUCGCGAAACCUUCGGACUAGGGGGGCUGCAAUAUGUGCUGAUGAUUAUUGACGCCAUGCAUAUGGCAGUGACCCGGUACAAGAAGAAGCGGGCCAAGUUGGACCAUAUGCAGUGGCCACCGGCCGCAUAUAUCACGGAUGUCGUGUAUCUCAGGGAUGGCCAAAUCAACGCAGACUGGAAAAUUCUGGAACAGAAGGGAAUACGUUGUCACGGCGUGGACGGUGAUGUGUUUGAUGAUAAACUAUUGACUGAAGUGCUUUCAAAUAUCCAAUGA